AUGUCAAGCAAAUCAUCUUUUCCUGCACUAGCAUAUUGGGGCUCAACUCCCGUUGGCUUUCUCGAGAUUUUCUGGGUCCUUGAAGAUCGUCAUGGCGAGCUGCGGGGCAAGGUGGAGGACUGGGAUAGGGGCUUUCGGUUCUUCAUUGGAGAUGACGACUUCAAUGGCUUGGACGACCUGGCGCUCUUCCUGAGCUCAGUGGUUCAUUAUUGUUGGUUGUGCGAUCAGAGAACCUAUUCCGUUCUGGUGGAGGUUAGGGCGGACAAUAAAAGUCCAGAAUUUCGGCAAGCCAAAAUUGAAUUCUUCUACAGAUUCAUCGCAUGCCUACAAGAUAUCGGUUUCUUUAGGGAAAGCGAAGUGUAUACUCCGCAGGAGGGUGCUGUCAUCAUGAGAAUUAAGCGUAGUUUCUGGGUUGCACCUGUUACCUAG